CCUCGCUUGCCGUAGGAAACGCGGAAAAACUGUGGAAAUGGUACUAGACCGUUAGAAUGCUAGCCAUUUUAGGCUGUUUAUUAUCAUGGUAAAAUGUUCGAUAAGCGGUGAUAUUUUGUCUGCUGACGAGGGAGGAUGUGGAGGGGAUGUGGCUAAAUAAUGGGUAACGUUUUUGGGAGAAAGAGUCGACCUUCUCGUGUAACGGAACAAGACAAAGCCAUUUUGCAACUGAAACAGCAGAGAGACAAGCUGAAACAGUACCAAAAGAGAAUCACCCUGCAGCUGGAGAAAGAGCGACUUCUGGCAAAGCAGUUGCUAAAAGAUGGCAGGAAAGAAAAGGCACUGCUGCUUCUUAAGAAAAAGCGAUAUCAGGAUCAGCUAUUAGACAAGACUGAAAAUCAGAUUUCAAACCUUGAACGCAUGGUUCAAGAUAUAGAGUUCAUGCAAAUUGAGAUGAAAGUCAUUGAAGGGCUCAAAGUUGGCAACGAUUGUCUGAAGAGCAUGCACGAGAUCAUGUCAGUUGAAGAUGUGGAGAGAAUCCUGGAUGAGACCCAGGAGUCAAUUGAAUAUCAAAGGCAAAUAGAUGAAAUGCUGGCUGGAGCCCUGACACAAGAGGACGAAGACGCUGUUUUAGCUGAGCUGGAAGCUAUCACUCAGGGAGACGAUGUAGCACUACCAGAGGUCCCCACUGAGCCAGUACCGGAUGUUCCAGAGGCAGUUAAAGCUGAACCAGAGAGGAGAGAAGCAAAGAACAAGCGAGACAAAGAGAUGCUGGCAGCCUAACAGACUGAAUUUGUGACUUGGAGUCUUUGUACUGAUCUGUCCAUUUUAAGUAUUUCAUUUUAAAUUGCGACAUUUGAGCAGCUUCAUGCAUUUCACAGGAUCAGCACUGUGUCUGUACUCCGGUUCACUGACCCUCCCUGAAGUAUCUUCUUAAAGGAAGUGAAAUGUUCUAAUGCUCUGUGUCUGACUUGAUGUAACAGAAGGAGACAACAUUUUUUUUUUAGAUGUUUUCCAUGUGAAUUUCAGUUGUUUUACAUAGUAAAUUGAGCUCUGGCAAUAAUAUGUUUUCUUAGCUUUUUGUUUCAUAAACUGAUUUAUAAUUUUUUAAAAAGUUCAAUGGCUCUCUUGUCCCAGAGUAUCAUAAUAUUUUAUUCACAUAUUCAGUUAGUGUAUCACGCUUUCUCCAGAAGGGGGCACUCCGUGCUAGUUUAUUUUUUGCACUCAGCAGUACACAAAACAGGUGUCUUCGUGCACAUCCCAUCAGUAAAGUAUGUGUGUUUGUG